UAACGCACCUGUAAUUUUAAACGGAAAAAUUGCUGAACCCUAAAUUAUUUUUAUAUCGUUUUUAUGUAUGGUUGUUGUUAUUGUAGUGAGAGAUGAUUAUCACCACACACACAAACAACGCACACGCUAGGCUUUGAAACAUAGCCAGAGUGUUGGUAUUGAAAGCAAAAAAAAAAUUGUUUUAAAUGUGUGGAAGUAUGUAUGUUUAAACACACACAAGAAAAAUUAAAGAAAAAAUAUUUUCUUAGAAAUAUUUAAAAAUAUGAAAGAUUAUUUAGAAAAAAUAUUACAAAAUAAAUUCACAAAGUGUAAAGGAGCUAUAAAUGAAAGCCUAAGUGUCAGAAAAUCAACAAAAUGUUGUGUUUGAAAGUGAAAUAGAAAAACAUAAUUCUCGAAAAUCUGGAUAAAAACGAGGUCUACACACCAACGAGGGAAUAAUUAAACAUCAACACACAAACAUAUGAAAUGAAUAAUAGCACCUCAAUCACCACAAAAUGAUCUCGGAAUUGCUUUUCCAUGUUAAUACUCGCCCCAUAGCCCAGAAAGCAAAAUAGAAGAGCAAAAUCUAAACCAAAAAAAAGAAACCCAGACUAAAACAACAACAGCAAGAAAAACAUUCCCAGUGACAGCAGGCAGCAGUAUGUGACAUUGGAUAGCAAGAUUUAGUAACUAGCCACGAACUAACAGAGACACAUAGAGGAGCAUUUCAACUGACUUUGUUUAAGAGCAACAGCAACAAGAUGUCAAAUCCAAAUCCUUCCAAUUCUGCCUUUGUGCCAGUGCUGCCCUCGCAUCGCAAUCCGCUGAGAGGCCCUGCCUCUCUUUAUGGCAGCAUGAUGGAUGCGGAGGCAGGCAAAGAUCCCAAACGGGGUUCCAAUUUCGAGAUUAUGGCCAUGAUGGCCGAUAAACGCAAAGAGUUAGCUUUAAGGGAGGCGGCAGUGGCUGCUGCCAUGCUGAUGCCUCGUCCUGGCCAAGGACCGCCACCGGGGGUGCCCGGCUCGGUGAUGUAUCCCCCACCCUAUCUGGGAGGACCGGGUCCCUCGCCCACAGGGGCUGGCAGCUUUACAUUUCCCUCUGGUGCUGCGGCCUUGUUUCCCCCCGGUCUGCCUCCCUCUAUGCAUGCAGGUCUGGACAGACGUCUGCUAAGGGCCCCGGGUAGGGCCUCCAGACCCAAGAAACAGUUCAUAUGUAAAUUUUGUAAUCGCCAGUUUACCAAGUCCUAUAACCUGUUAAUCCAUGAACGCACCCACACCGAUGAACGGCCCUACUCGUGUGACAUAUGUGGCAAGGCCUUCCGCAGGCAGGAUCAUUUGAGAGAUCACAGAUACAUACACUCCAAGGAGAAGCCUUUCAAAUGCACCGAAUGCGGCAAGGGCUUCUGCCAGUCACGCACCUUGGCCGUCCACAAGAUUUUGCAUAUGGAGGAGUCCCCCCACAAAUGCCCUGUGUGCAGUCGCAGCUUUAAUCAACGCUCCAAUCUGAAGACCCAUUUGCUUACCCACACCGACCACAAGCCCUACGAAUGCAAUUCUUGCGGCAAGGUAUUCCGCCGCAAUUGUGACCUGCGUCGCCAUACUCUAACUCAUGCCGUGGGCGAUGUGCCUGGCGAAUAUGUGGAUGUGGUGGAAGAAGAGGAGGAGCGAGGCAAUCUAAGCGGCGAUGAAGAUGACUCACUGUUGGAGGUGGAUUCGCCACGCAAUUCCCCAGUACAAAGACAUGGCUCUCCCACUCGCGAUUUGGAUAGAGAUAUGGAGGAAGAGGAGGAUGAAGAUGAUGAAUUGGAGGGGGAUCAACGCAUAUCCAUGGCCGAACGUUUGUCGCUGAAGCGUAAGGCUCAAUUUGAUCGUGAGGCCUUAGAAGAUGAUUCGGAAGAUGAGCUGCUGGAUGAGCCGGAUGAAGAGGAGCAGGUAGGGGGGGAUUUGCCUGAGAAGGAUGCCAUUAAACCUAUGAUCAAACAAGAGCUAAACGAAAAGGCACAACGCAAAAACGACGAUAUGGCCGAGGGUUCAUGCCAAUAUCAGGGUGUUACCCAUUGCCAUCAUGAGGGAGGCACCCAGUACACCAUGAGGCCUACACAUGAACUAAUGCGCAAUGGCGAGGAGCUUGGUGGCAUGCCGGGAGCUACGAUUGCUUCUCUACCACCGCCUCCAACGCAAACGGAUUAUUUGUUAGCCAGCACUUCGACGGGUAUGGCCAAUUAUAUGGGCCCCAUGGCAGGCCAUGAAUCCAAUGCCGAAGCCUAUUUGCCUUUGCUGCAUGUACGCCGAGAUCUCCAUAGCAAGCCUUUGAUGACGGGACCCACCGAUCUGAAAGUUCAAAUACAACCAGGAGGCAUACCGCCCGGGGCCAUGCCUGUACUGAUAGACACCAGCUCGAAACCCCAGGCAUCUGGGACGCAAGGUCAAACCACAGCACCACCAGCCCCCUUGCAUUCACCCCAUGAGGCUGUGCCCAGUUUUCUGGGCUCCAUACCCAUACGAAAGCGAGCCCUGGGAGUGGAGUUUGAUCACUUGCAUGCCCAUGCCUUGGGCCAUGGUAGACCACCGCCCUUUGCGCCCAAUGCCAGUAUGUAUGCCCUGAAUAUGUCAAGACCGCAUUUGCAUGCCUUGCAAUCAGCGGCGGCGGCCUCAGCAUUGAAGCUGGGAGCAGCAGCAGUUCCUCCCUCACAUCUGGGGCCACCGCCACCCUCAGCCUCUGGCAUGCCAAGCAAGCCGGGGCCCUAUAUGCCCACCAACUAUCAUCUGGCAGUGGGGCAGGCAGAAAAAUCUAUGGCAGCCAGCCUAAGCGAGGCCUAUUUGCAUCACUCGAAUCGUGCAGGUCCGCCAAUGGAGGCCAAUUCCUCAACACCGCCUUCCAAUGCCAACUCAACGUCAUUGGCCUCGCAUGCGUCCACCUCCUCGUCGUCUGCAACCACAGUUACUAAUCGAAGUCAAACCGCGGCCACAGCCACGGCCCCAUGCCAUAGCAAUCAAGCCCAACAGCCACCACCGCAACCGCAACCGCCACCAGUUAAACGCAGCACCGGUUUCAGCAUCGAGGACAUCAUGAGACGCUAAUUAACAACAUUCCAAGUUUAACAUUUUUUACUAGAGUCUAAUUUAAGCAAUGCCUUGCACAUCUAUAGAAAUUUCAUCUAUACAUAGAGAAUUAUAUGCUAGAUCUAAGACACUUAGUUCUAAGUCUUAGCCUAUUUGGGGGAUGACAAGAGUCUUGAGUUAAGGUGAUCUCUGUGCAUUGGAAAGAGAGAUUUAUUCACAUACAUACAGUCUUGUAAGUACAAGUACAAUAUCUAGGUUAGAGUCUUAGACUUAGACUAGCAUGGGGCCAUCUAGAAAGACAGAUGAAGCAUAACGAAAGGGGAUUUUUCUUAGGAUUUUAGUUUGAGUUUCCAUACCAUGGCAACUUGUGAAUUCCUUUUUAGGGGAAUUACCAAAUAAGGAUAUUUUUAAGUUAUUUUUACGUAGCUACUGCCGUUUCUCUCUCUCUCUCUCUCUCUCUCUUUCCCUCUCUUGCUCGCUUGCUAGUUAAUCUUUGUAUAUUUUUUUGUUUAAAAAUUAUCCAAAAUUUUAUGUUGAUCAUAGCAGGUUGUGUUUUUGGUCUUUGCUUUUGUAUUGGAAUUUGCCUUGAGUUUUUUUUCUGUACAUUAGUUAUUAUUUUUCUUUAAGUGUACUUGCCCGAACACUUAGUGUUCAUUACAAUUCCUUUAUUUCCUUAACAAUUCUUUUUAGGUCCGUUUGAAAAGAAUUACAUUUUUUUACAAAACUUAAGAAUAUUUUAUUUAAAAACUUAGUUAAGCUUAAAAUUAAAGUAUUUUUACUUUUAAUUUUUUUUUUUUUGCUUAAGUUAUAUUUGACUAAGCACUACCUAUACACAAGUGUAGUCCAUAAAAGUUUCAUUUUAGCUCAUAUUAAGUGCCCUUAUAGUUACUCUUUUAAAUGUUCGUUUAGUUUAGUCCUUAGUUUUGCGUAAUAAUUACGAGUUGAUUGAUCCUAGAAAGUCUUCCUCUGUGUUUUCCAGAAAUUAUUAAAUAAAAUUAUUAUUCUCUUAAAUAAACUAUGCAAAAACAAUAA